AUGGAUUCGGACGAUGGUUCUGACGACUUCCAGGAUGCAUUGAGUGAGCCAGACGACUCGGAAUUUUAUUCUCCUGUAGCAGAGUUGCCUCCAACGAGACCUUGGUCGGAGGUUUCAACAAAACUCAAUGGCAACAAUCACAUUUCAAACGAAACAACUCCAAACGUAGCGGAUCAGAGCACUCGCGGGCCCGAUCGGAAUGCUCAGACAUCCUCCUAUUCCAAGAAGCCUGUUAAUGAUACGCACAAACCAGCUACUUCCCACAACAUUUCGUCCUCACUGUCGCAACAUUUGCAGGCUGCUCCCAGAGUUACCGCUCCGUUGAAGUUGGAGUCUUUGGAUCAUAGGUCGUCGGCUGAACGACUGGCACCGUACGCAAAUGGAUCUGAAACUAGUAAUCACGUCGAAUCCAAAAGACAACAAAAGCGUCCUAUAAGACCGCACAACGACGAUUCGAUCUUAGGAGGAUUGUCUAUACGGCAAGCGACAUCGCAUGGUAGAGGUGCUAUAGUAGAUGAAGACGGGCAUGUGCGGUAUCAAUCAUCGCCAAAAACGACCUCGGUCAUAAAGAGUCAAGCCGAUGCAGACUCUUCUGUAACAAACAAGGGAAUGGACAUUAGGCAAUACGAUCCACUAUCCGCUCAAGUAUUCGAACGAGUUGGUUCAAAAUCAUCCAUGUCUCCUCCAUCAGAUGGCGAGAGUAGCGAUGAUAAUAUGACAACGCCAAAACGAGGAUCGAUACCAGAUGAUGCAUCACUGCAUUCUGGAAGUAGUACGUCUAAUGUGACCUCCUCAACAACAAACGCAAACUCCUCAACUCUAGCCGAAGGUGUUGCAUCCAGGACUCGAAACAUGUUUGGCAGACUCAAACAGAGAGCCAGUGCUAUAUUCAAGGACCCUCCUACAUCAUCAAAUACCAAUAAUGUAUCUGCUAGUCAUAAUAAUAACACUCAUAAUUCUAGAUCCUCGACUGCUACACCAUCUACACCACCCCUUCAGACCGAAGCCACUAUAGUUAACGAUCAUGGUGACGACGGAGAUGCAGCCUCUAUUGCUUCAUCUGAUGUAUCUGGCUUGACGAAUAUGGGAAGUACCAACUCGUUUGCCAAGGCUCAUGCUACUGGCGGACGAUACCUCAAAGUCCGCAGUAAUAUGAAGAAGACAAAGGAGCUAAAUCGACUUGUUUUUGUGCAAGAAAUGGGAGCUCCUUUGCCUGGAAUACCAAUGGUAUCAGUAUCAGGUGCAAACGUCGUGUCGAGUGGUGAUUCGUCAUUUUCUGGUAUACAUAGAGGUGCGAGAUCUGCGCCAAGUACUAGUACAGCAGCUGCUUCAGUUACAUCUAGAGAAGGAUCAUUCAAGGAGCCGUCGAUAAGUAACAAGUCUAGUAGUGCUCAUACAGCGGCUAUGGGUGGUGACGCUUCUGAUGGAUCAGCAUAUAUGAAUGGUAUAUCUGGUGCCAUAUGGGCCAUGAGAGUGUCUGAAGAUGGACGAUUUUUAGCAGCUGCAGGCCAGGAUUGUGGUGUCAGGAUAUGGUGUCUCAGUGGAGAUCCGAAACAUGAUGUGAUGAUACCUGCCCCUACUGAGCCUAAUACGCCCAGUUCACCUUUAAGGAUGAAAAGCUCCAAUAGCUCGGUUAUCAGUGACGACGGAGGUGCCGGAAUGCGUAAAGGCUCAGCAGUACGGACACCAGUAUCUGCAGAUGUCGAUGAUUUACUCAGUCCAACUCUACGGGUAUUACAUAAUGAUUCUAGGCAAGAGUCUCGUAAUAGCGUAAAUCGGGCACCAUCCUCUAUUCGCCCCAGUGGGUCAGUUACUUCUGAAACCUGGUCGAAUGCUGAAGGUGGCAAACAACCAAGAAUGGAACCCGUUCUGGAGGAUUUGUCGUCUCCAGGUUUACCACCUCUACUCCCAAAACGUCCAACACCCCAAUCGAUGGCUUCCAUAAACUCAUUCGCCUCAACAGCACCACCACCGAUAUUCCAAUCACGUCCAUUACGAGUAUACCGUGGUCACGCGUCUGAUGUGUUGGAUGUAUGUUGGUCCAAAAACGGAUUCUUGUUAUCGUCAUCCAUGGAUCGUACAGUCCGAUUAUGGCAUGUCUCACGGUCUGAUUGUCUAUGUUGCUUCCAGCACACAGACUUUGUAACAUCUAUACGGUUUCAUCCCACAGAUGACAGGUAUUUUGCAUCAGGAUCAUUAGAUGGGCGGAUUAGAAUAUGGAGUAUACCUGAAAAGAAGGUAGAACGAUGGAAUGAAUUGCCUGGAUCUGGAUUUGUAACUGCUGUAGCGUUCUCUCACGAUGGCAAAUAUGUUGCUGCUGGAACGUAUGCUGGAGACUUACAUUUGUUUGAAUUCAAUGGAUUGGUGUAUCGUACUCAGGUGCAGGUCAAAUCAACGAGAGGUCGCAACCAAGGACGUAAAAUAACUGGUAUAGAACCAUUACCCCCAUCACGUAGUAUAACAACACCAGAAGACCUCUUUCUAGUAACCUCAAACGACUCUCGUGUGAGACUGUAUAAUAUUCGAGACAUGUCGCUAAGACGUAAAUUCCGUGGUCCUGAAAACCGUAACUGUCAAAUACGAGCCGCCUUCUCUGAUGAUGCCACAUUCAUAACAUGUGGCUCCGAAGACAAGUGUGCAUAUAUAUGGAGAACAGAACCACCCCCUGAUGCAGGUCGACAAAUGAGUGGUGUAUUAAGUGGUAUGCUUCACUGGCAAUUAGAUCGUGAAUUUAGAGCAGCAGAAGCAUAUGAAAAGUUUGUAGCAUCAGAUGAUAUAGUUACAUGUUGUAUCUUUGUGCCUUCAAAGAUGCGGCAUCUGAUUGAAGAGUAUGGUCGACGUAAACGGACUCAUCAUAAUGUACAGGGUGAGACGCAUCCUGGUGAUAGCAUACCAGUAGAAGACUCGUAUCAAGAUCAGCGCUCAAAUGAAGCCGAAGGAUUGAUUCUCAUUUGUGCAGAUCGUGCAGGUCGCAUUCGUGUAUUUGAGAACGAAGCAUUUGAUGCUCCAUCAUCGUAUCCGAUAUUGUGGGACGCUAUACACGCAUCAUCAGCUGCUGCUGCCGCAUCAUUAUCAACUAGUACUAUAGCUGGUGGUAAAGCACUAGAACGAACUGCAUCUAUCCCGGUCAGGCCGACUUCCCGUCCACUAUAUGGCGCACCGUCACCUCGAGGAUCUGUAUCAUAUUUAACACCUGCUAGUCAAACCAUGUAUGGAGCUGGUGUCAGUAAUAGUAGCAGUAAUGUAUCACUGUCAUUGAGUGCUAGAAGUGGUGAUAGGCUACAUAAGGAUGAUGAUCCGGUUAGGAGGGCUUCUGCUUCGUUGCCUCGUAAUGCUUUGACGUCUCCGAUUAAUGGUACUACUAGUAGUAACAGUAGUAAUAAUGUCGAUCGG